AUGGUACAGUUGGAAGUGACUCAGGGCUACGGGCACAGCGCCGAGUGCUCGGCCGAGCGGCGGGUAGUAAUAUCAGGGCUCGGGUGGCGUGCGCAGUGCUGCGAGCUGAGCCGCGACAGCGAGAGGGAGACGGAGAAUAUGGCCGCGCCCGAGGGCGAGCGAGAGGCGCGCAAGCGUCGCGAGCGCCAUGACUCCGGAUGCACGCACGAGCGCAAGGAAAGGCGGGCUCUAAGCGAGGAGCGCAUGCCGCCGCCUCCGCCUCCGCCGCCUCAACCACCGCGUCUUCCGGAUCACAGCCAUCUCGAGUCGCAGCGCCGCGCGGAGCGGCUGUCUCGCGCCCGCCGACCUCAGUUCGGCGGCAAGAGGCGCCGCCCUCUCAUGAGGGUCUCUGGACCAACCGCGUGGAGCGACAGCGGCGACGAGGGCCGCCCUGGCACGCCGCCCUCGACACACUUCGACUACGUCGUUACGCAGCCAGAUGUGAGCCCGGAGGAGGGAGUGGAAGGCAGUCGCCACGAGGAGGCGGAGACCGUGAGGCGCGACGAGAGAAGCGUCGCACCGCGCCGCUCGCAGCCGAGCCCUGAUCGGCGACUCGAAAAGAUCAACAAAAAGAUCAGCGUCUUGAAGAAGUGUAUCGCGAAAUACGAAAGUGACUACGAAGCCCAGAACGGUCACGCUAUAACCCCAAGUGACCGUAUAACGGAUGUGCAGCUGACACGAAUGCACGAGACCUUGCAUCGGCUUCAAGCGGAAAAGCGCUGCAUCAAAGCUGAUCCCAUCGAGUACACGAUCAAAAUUCGAGUCGCCAAAAACCAGAAGGAGAGGGACGAGUAUCUCGAAGAAUCGCUCAACAGCGAUAAACCGAUGGCCGAGAUUGUUCGUGAUAUUGAGGAGUGGCUGCAGGGCUCCCGCGAGCUGGACGGCCGCGCUGCGGUGCCGGAGUCUCGCUGGACCGCGGCCCAGCUGGCUGCGGAGAAGCUGUGCGUGCAGCGCGUUCUGCUGCGCUUGGAGGCGUCGCGCGGCCGCCCGCCCGCCCACUCGGCCGACCGCGGCGCCGCACGCCACCUCUACGAGCGCUACCGCGCCGUCAAGCGCGCGCUCGCCGCUUUGCGGAACGACAUCAUAAUCGGCCCGAAUGGGGAGCUGGCGACAAUCCACGAGCACGAAACCAUUGUGUUUAACAGCAGCAUUGAUAGCUCCAGCGAUUCACAAGAAAAACGUUCUGAUUCAUCGCAGGAGGCCGCCGGCACUGGCUCCGGCCGCGAGCCCGCCGAGGAGAUACCAUCGUCCACUUCGUCCGCGCAGUCCGCCAGCGAGGAGCGCUCGCCCGCCAACGAGAGCCUGCACAACCUCAGCCUCGAGGAGCUCUCGCGCGCCCUCACCGAGGCCAAGCUGCACAAGUGUGUGAUCCGCCGCAACAUCAGAGAUUACGAGGUGAACUUCGAGUUGCUUAACGGUAGGAAGGUGCAGAAGGACGACAAGAAGGGUAACGAGGAGGAAUAUCGCCGUUACAAAACGAUCAAGGCCAGGAUUAAGUUGCUGAACGCACUCAUCAACAAGCAGAAAGCGAAGUUCUUGUUCAGAAAU